GCGACCUCUUCUUCUUUUUUUCCCCCUUCCCUCGCUUUUCAUUUUUCUUUCUCGUCUUCCUCCGUUCAAACCCUAGAAAUCCAAUCCCAGCAGCCUCCGUCACUCGCCCGCGUAUCCUUUCCUUCCAGAUUCUCGGAAUCGAACCUCCUCCGCUGCCGCCGCCGCCCUUCGUUCCCUCCCUCGCUCGCGCGCAGCCUCCUCCACGAUCCCGUGCCCUAACUGUCCCGGUUCCUGGACGAGCUCCGGCUCCCGAGCUCUCUUCGAAUUGUCACCGGGACGCCUAUUGCCUCCGCCCCAUAGGGGUUCGUUGGGCGCGAGGAGCGAACUCUCGUUGAAAAAACCCGGCGCUUUGGCGGUCUUCCUCAUUGGUUCGAAUUUAGGGCAUUGGCGUAUUUGAGAAAAAUCGCAUUUUUGGUUGCGCACACGUGGUUUUGGAUGGGCUCUACGUUUACGGACAUUGGGAAUCUAUGGUUUGAUUUGGUUUGAGCUCGUUGUGGGUUUUGGGCAGCUGAAUUCUGCUUUGUCGAAACCUUGUCAUAAUUGGGGAGUCCUAGUAGCCUCGGAGGUAUUACUUAGUUUCUGAAGUGUUGGAAGUGGCUUUUUGAGCCGUUUUUGAUUGGGGCUACUGAGUCUGUGAGUCAUUGGCGUUCGUGUUACUCCAAUGAGCAGAGCAGUGGAGUGAGUUCCGAGCAGAGGAAUCAGGUUGGUACUGGUACAGGGAUGAAGUUUUGAUAUGAGUAGACUGUCAUUUAGGCCUCGUCCUCUUGACAUUCAUAAGAAGCUCCCCAUUGUAAAAUCUGUGAAAGAGUUUGAGGAUGAUGAUGCUCCCACUGCCACCACUUCAACCCGAAAUUCUCUACUGCAACGAAUUGCAACAACUUAUGAGAGUGAGAAGCAUCAAAAUCUUGGAAAGAGAUCUUCACAAGAAAUUCCUACUCCCCAAUUCAGCUCUGUGGAAACGUACGAAAGAGAUUAUUCUCGCACCUUUGCUCAAACAACUUGUUACAUACGUGGAAGAGGAGCCAGGGCUGAGAUUGGUGAAUUUGUCGAGUAUGAUCUGGAUGAUGACGACGAGGAUUGGCUUGAAGAGUUUGACUACGAGAGAAAAAUCCUAUCACCAGAAAAGUUUGAGUCCCUGCUGUUCAAGUUGGAGAUUUUGGAUCACAGAGCUCGAGAAAGAGCAGGAGUCCUAACAUCCACAUUUGGAGCUCCUAUUCCUGUUCUUUUGCAGUUCGAUUCCGCAGCAGAGGCCUUGCAAUCACUUUCAGUACGUUCCAGCAUUUUGCAGUCUGUAUAUAAUUACUGGAAAUUGAAGCGGGAACAGUGGCAAAAGCCUAUUUUGCGUCACUUGCAGCCGCCUCCUCCAGUUAAUGAUACCAAUCCAUAUAAUGUGUUUAGACCCAGGGAAAAGGCACACCGACUUCAUACAAGAAGGAUGCAAAGGAGGGAAAACAAUGUUCAGUCAUUUGAAAAACUUCGACAGGUCAGGCGUAGCUUGGAGCAGGCAAGGAGAGUGGUGGAAGCCGUAAUUAAGAGAGAAGAGAAGAAGCGAGAGUUCGUGGAAUGCAUGGUCAAUCUCCAACGUGCUCAAUUGAAGUACAAGCAUGAGGCACAGCUUGUCGAUGACCGAACAGCACUCUCAGGUUUUCCAGAAUCAUUCAAGUUUACUUCUAGUGAUGAUGAUGAUAUGGAUGCCGAUUAUGCACGAGCUGGGCCCGCCUCUGUCCAUCCAAACUAUGCAGAUUCUAAUUUUAUGGCCGUCCACAAAGAGCUAAUGAGGCGAGAAUCAAAACAGCAAUAUAUAUCAGAUGGACGUCUACAGAGGAUGGAUCCUGACGAGCCGAUCAUGCUUUUCACAAAACCUCUGGAUUCAGAUAGGCUUGCUGCCUUUGGCAUCAUGCCGCCAUCUCGUCCACCUACUGAUGAUGGUUCAGGCUUACCGACCUUCCGAGGCAGGAUUGGUCGCGGGGGACGCAUAAUCUUUGAUCGUCGUGACCCCCAUUCCCAAGCUCCAAUUGACCAGGAAACCUUUCCUUUUGCACCCUUUCGGAGGCCUCAUCCGCCAAAUGGCUAACACUAUUGCUUCUUGCAUUUUUUUUUUUCUCUUCCCAUCAUCUACUGGCAAACAUUAGUAGGUUUGGAGAGAAGCAGUAUAGGCCUUAAGAUCAAGCCUUCCGAUAUCACUGAUUCUAUAGCAUUAGGGUUCCUCGACGCAAGCUUGGACGCAAGUGAGACAGGUUGUGUCCCAAUUUAAGAACACUAAAUUGGUAUGAUUUGUAGCUAGGCAUGGUGAGGGUCUUUUUUUCUUUGUACUGGCCAUGGCGUUCGCUUCUUGCUCUCUCCAACCAUUGUACACUUAUUUGUCUUAGAUUAAAGGCUAAGCAUUCAUUGUU